AUGGCCAUUCUUCAUUCCACAUGCAUCCUAGUUUGUGCUAUUUUACUCGGACAAGGAUCCUCUGAGAAAACAGGAAGGAGAAGAGAGCUCCAGAGAGAUGUCAUUCUGAAGGAGCUCCUAUCAAAACUUAGUAAAGAAGGUGCUUGGAAUCCGCAACAGAACCCUAAAGAAGCAGUCAAGGAUGUGUUUCUGCACCCUUGGUUGAAUAGUCUACUUGGGGGCCUCCAAACACUAAGUGGUCUACUUCCUGGUAAGAGUUUGGCUUCACUAAACCAGCCAAUUGACCGACAUAGUCUUUCUGGCUUCCUCUUCAACAUUUCUCAGUAUCUCCAAGAUAUGAGUGCAGGACUAGAGAAGGCUCCCGUAGAUACGGAUGAUGACCAGCUAUGGGAAAAAGUGCUGUAUUUUUUUCUUCAAUCGGAAGGGAAUGCUGCUCAGAGCCAAUGGAACGGCCGAAUGCCGCCUCGACCCAGCAUCCAAGUAAAGGAUUGGUUUCUGUCCCUGAGAGGCAGCCCGCACUGGGACUGGCUUCUGGCGCUGCUACAGAGCCUGACAAGCCUCUUUCAGCGUCAGCCUCACAAGCCCCUUCUGACUUUGUUGUCUCAGCACUGGAGGACAGUGAGUGCCGUGCUGGAGGCCGCUCUGCAGGCACUGAUCAGUGGGACGUACGGACAGGCCAGCGCAGGCCUGCAGGGUUUCAUCUGCGAACUGAAAGGACGUACCGACUGUCCCUUUGGAGUGAACUGGCUUCAGUAUGUCCUGCGUCUCCUGGAAACACUCAACUGGACGCCCAUGGUCAGUUUGCACUCAGCUGGGGAGGGUGCGGAACACAGGAAAGGCUCGAGUGGACGCAUUAAACCCUUCAGCUUGCCUCCUGAAGCCAUGAGGCAGGAUUUAUUACCAGAAAAUACUUUUUUGGAGGACACAAAGGGAACGCAGGAUGAUCCAGAUUCCAUGCGGCGCUUAUUCCUGCAAGCACUGUCACGUUCGAGUGGAGGCAACUUGGGACAAAAAAACAUAGCACUGGUGCAAAGUUUGGAUGGGCUUAGGACGGGCCUCCUGCACAGGGUAGGCAGUUCCGUGUACGGUAACUUGAGAAAGAAAGUGUCACAAGUUACCAUGGCUAUGCUUGAGGAUGUCAGCAGCUUGGUGGACGUGCCGCAGUCAAAUGCAAGAGGACAAUGCUCAGCAGGCAAUCUGAGGCAGCUGAUCUUAUGGGGUAUAAGACAUAAUGUGACAUGGAACACCCAGGCUCUAGGUGUUAGCACCCAUGGUCUCCCAACAACGCUGCCAUUCCUGUCUUGUCCCCCCGAUGAAGGAAACGGCUACAGACAAAAGACUGCCAACUCAAGUGUUAAAUCUUCCCAAAAAAGUAAUCAAAAACGUCUUCGUGUUCUCCCUGGCACACGUCACCAACACCUACCCACUAAGCCACGAACAAGGAGGGAAACACAAAGAGAGAUGGAGUACUCAUCCACUGCAGAAAUCCUAGAGGCGGCAUGCAAUGACUCCAUCCCAGGAUUGACCGGUGUCUCCAACUUCACCGUAUUCCUCUACUGUAAACUGUUUGAAGGAGAGAAUGGCUCAGUGAGUCCUGUUGGGGCUGAGAUGGGUCUGGACCUGCUCGCCACCUGCUCCGAAGCAGCUUGGUACGUGUCUGCGGCCGAGGAGGACUUGUUUUGGGUCCAUGUGUGCAGUGAGUACUUUGCUCAUGAAUUCAACAACACCGUGUGCACCAACUCCUCUUUCUGGCUGCAGAGAGCACACCAGGCUGCCAGGGCAGACAAUCUGUUUAACCAGACGAGUAUAGAGCAGUUGUGUGUGCGCCUAUCAAGCGGUGCGGCGGUAAGUCGAGUGCCUGUGGAAGGAUGUCUGACUCAGUUGGGCAGCAGCAGGUUGGUGAGUGCCCAGACUUUCAGACGCUGCUUUUUGCCCAACAACUCAGCCCUUAUCUCAGCUUUGUGUGGAAGAGAACCACUAGAAUCCCACCGGUCCUUCCCAGAGGGCAGCUGGGCUGCAGCGUUCUGCUUCAGACAACACAACACCUCCAUUACUGAUACCCCUGACAGGACUUGCCAAUACCAGGAGUGGCCUGCACUGACUUUUCUCAAUUUAACCAUACUGGAAGUGUGUGGGACCACACAUGGACUGAGAGAGUACAUGUGCCUGAACGCAUCACUCUACCAUCAGCUGCUGGAAUCGAUGCCCCACUUGUUUGACGUCUGUGCAGAUCUCCGAGCACAGGUAGAAAACGAUAAGUGCUUACUUCAGCGGUUCUUUGACAUGCUCCCUGCACAAUAUGAUUUUGACACGUCACAGCUGUGUGUGGACCCAUCACCGCUGAUCCUGGAAGUCUUGCACAAACUGAGUGUGUGCCAGGUAGAUGGAGCGGAGAACCAAGGGUUUUUUGUGGCACUUGGUUAUGUGUUAAGGAUGCUGGACUUCAUGGUAGGCCUCUCUUCUGGUCUGGAUGAGGGCGAGAGGGAGGCCCGACAAGGUUUGGGUCAGGCCAUCCUCCUCUCCAGUCUUCUUGACAACAGAUCCUGGAGCUCAUUGCAGCCAGAGGCCUCCACGAGCGUCCUUCACACCGUGGAAGUCUUCCUUCGCCGGGAACGGGACUCAACUCUUAAAGAGGACCUAUUAAGCUGCUUCAGUCCUGUCUUAUGGGACCUCAUUCAGCAGGACAACAACUCAUCUGCUCUAAGAAUUCUUCUGCAGGAAUAUCUGCAGAUGCCAGGAGAGACCAUUCGCACUCUGGUGAUGUCUGCAGAGAAAGAUGCAGUCAAGAGGUUCCUCUCUCAUAUGCAUCGAAGCUGGGAUCACAUUCAAGUUGAAACCAGUCGGGAUUCUCAAAAAGAGCUGCAGGCCUUGGAAACAAUGACUGCUGCUUUUAUCCAUAAAUUCCCAAAAGUGACCCCAGAACUCUUCGUGGACCUGUCCCAGUUCAUCCCUUUCAUGUCUGUCUCUGACAUCAUGAGCUUCCCAGCCUCUCUGAUGGCCAACGACAGCGUGCUGACUGCUAUUCGUGACCACAGCUCAGGGAUGAAGUCGCCACAGAAAAAGGCAUUUGUGAAAAGACUCCUGCAGUCUAGUGUGUUGGGUGAUGUCCCCACCUGGCCACCAUACUUCCUCAGUUCCAUUCUCCCUCUUCUGCCUUUCCUUCCUAUCAGUUGUUUUCAGCAACUGAUCUCACAACAGCUCACCCCUUUGGUGGAGUUGCUAGGCAACAGUAGCCUGGAUGGUGUGAGAGGACGCCACGUUGUUCGGACCAUUUUUACCAAGAAUGAAAAUCUCACAGAUAACGAUGUUAUUAGACUUGGCGUCCUUGCAUGCUACCUAGAUCCAACUGACCUGCAUUCAUUUCUUCACGACUCAGCUGUGUCGUCCACUCUCCAGAGGCAGCUGCUCAAGUGCCUCUCUGAGGGCAUCAUUAGUGCCAGUGGCAGGCUUUCGUCCUGGUUGAUACCGACAGUGCAGACGCUGAAUGCCAGCAUUAUGGCUCCUGAAGACUUGACUGGUCUCAGUCCUCUUCUCCCCAAGUUAGGAGCCUCCUUUUCACUAUCGCUUCCCUCCCAACAACUCCUGGAGCUCCUCUCCCAACCUGGAAUACACAGAUAUUCUUCAGCACAGGCUUUUCAAAUACUGUCCAAGAUUUCCAAAGACACUAAUCUGACAGUGGAAACUUUGUGUAAACUGAAGCCUUUACACUCUGGUCUAUCCCCUGCUGUGCUGAGCAACCUCCACUGGUUUGAGAUCAAUGAAAGCCCCCACUGCCAGUGUUGGAAAAGCAUGCUGACUGAAAUGAAGCCUGGCCAUAAAGCAAUGCUGUACCAUGCAAUGCAGGAGGCUUUAUAUCGACACUCGCUAAACAUCACUCAGCAUGUAAACUGUCUCCUGCCAUUGAUCCCUUUGAGGAAACUGAGUGAGGCCGUGCAGAGGCAACAGCUCCCCAAAGACAUCAGUUUGUACAAAGACAUUGACUGGUCGUCACAGCAGGCUCAGCUUCUAUUUAAAUGGAUGCAUCAUUUUAAAAACAUCACCAGCAGUUUGUUGAGAGCUGGCUAUGUUGGAGGCGGGAUGACAUGUGACUUUCUGAGACUUAGGAGCAAUGACAGUGAUUUUGCAGCGCUGCUCCACUUUGUUACUAUGCUGCCAGGACACCUUCGACCUGCUCUGCGAAAAUGUGUCAUAGAAGAACUGAGAGAACAACCUGAAGUGGAUCUCAACGAUUUGAGCCCUUGGUUUUCUGCAACAUUUACCGCAAUGACAAUGAUGGAUGAGCUUUCCAACGCAUCCUUCAGGGCUGUUCUGGACUAUGUCCAGGCACACUUUGCAGAUUUCCUCCUCCUACCCCGUUACAAGCGGACAAACAUAGCCGAGGGGGCCCUAGGCGAACUGGACUCUUCCAGGCUUAUCGGUGGUGUGAUUGAUGGUGCAACUCUGGACUUCCUGGGCCCUCUUCUGCCUUUCUUGGAAAGAGACAGUCUGGAUCUGGUAGACAGAGGUGCUCUGGCUUUGCGGCUGGAGGAGAUGAAAAGUUUCUGUCUUCCCAAAGAAUCCCUGAGAGAUAUCAGCAUGAUGCUCACCCAGAAAGACAUGAUAGGGGAUCCAUCCAAGUGGAAAGUGGGAGAUGUUGAACAUUUGGGAAGGCUGCUGUUUUCUUUGUCCACAAAGCAGAUUAACUCCAUCCCGGUGACAGUGUUGAACGAAGACACAGUGGAACAGGUCCUUGUGGGUCAGGAACGCUGGCAGGACAGUGUGGUGAGUGGAGUCUGCUUGCAGCGCUGCAUGGACCAACAUCACCAACGAGAGACGACAAAGAGUCUCAUGCGAGGGAUCGUAAAAGCAAAAGGCAGGGAUGCAAAAAUCCCACGCUGUGCAGACAUCAAAGGUACAUUCCCUUCAGCGUGGACAUCAUCUCAGCUGAGGCGCAUGUCACAAAUGGAUAUGAGAGACUGUGUCCAUGUCUUUGGUCAGGACGCCUCACUAAGCUCUGAGCAGCGCAAGGCACUGUGGGUCAAACUUCGGCAGGCGUUCAGUCCAGUGAGUGAGCUCAGAGCAGAUGAAGUUUUGGCUCUUGGCUCUCUGGUGACUGAGAUGACAGUCAGAGAACUGCAUGACAUCUCUUUGACUGAUGACAGUUUUUGGGCCCAUUUGGGGACUCUGACACGGUGGAGCCCCAGGAAGAUGAGAGCUGUCAUUUCGGGAAUGAUGCGCAACCGCAACUUGAAGAUUGAGCAGUUAUCUGGCGUUGAUCUGGCGACAUUUGGCCAUCUAAUCUGUGGGUUUUAUCCCUCAGAAAUGACAAGACUGGACCCUUACAACCUCAGCAUGGCGGUCGGAUUCCUGCGAGAGAUGUCCCUGCCAUGCACAGAACAGCAGAUGGAGGCUUUGACGAACCGUUUGUCCAGAGCUGAGGCCUUUGGUCCAGCAAAUGCUUGGGGACCUGAAGUUUUCACUGAAAUUGGGACACUGGCAGCGGGCCUGGAAGACAUUGUUUUGUCAGCUCUGACACAAGAGCAAGUGGAAGGAAUCACCACUGAAGCAAUCAGCCUGCUGUCACCAAAAAAGAUGGCAGUGGUGUUUAGUGCCAUCCAGUUGUCCUGGCUGAGUGCCGAGCAAGCGUGGGCCAUCACUGAGGAGCACUGGACUGAGCUGGACAACGCACAAAGACACGCUGUAGGACUGGCUCGGUAUGAAGGAGAUGUUCUGCUAGAGCCAAGAGGGAGAAACUCUGCUGCAGCAGCCCUCAACACUUUAAGCUUUCUGGCCCCAAGUCUCUGGUUAUGGCAUCUAUUUUGAAGUGGAAUUAAAAUACUUUUAAUCACAUUUAAUCAGCACCUGACCCACCUGACCCCAUCCACAGAUUUGUACUGGAAAUAAAUACUUUGGAGGCUUCUGUUGCUUGUGUGUAUUGGUCAUUUUAGUUUAUUAUGUGCAUUAUUAUUUUGGUAAAAUGUUAUUUAAAUGCUAGAAAAUGUAAUGAUUCAAUGUUUGAAACACAUUUAAAAAAAAUUACCACUGUAAUCUUUUUCCACUGUUGAAAUACACACAGUAAUAAUUACCAGGAUUUCACAGCAUUUAAAAGUAUUUUUCAUAGAAAAAUACUGUAGUCCAAUUUACUGUAACAUUACAAGACAUGAUUCUAAAAUUAUGAUAUCAUUAUAUUUCCGGAUCGUUAGCUGUCAUUUCACAGUAAACACUGCAAUCAUACAAUUGUCAUUUGUAAUAUUAGACUCCUUUUCGG